AUGUCUCAGCGCCUCUUUGUCAAGCAAAUCUACACAGACAUGCUGCUUUAUGACUUUAGACAUCACCAUCAACCACAGCCUGUUAUUGGGAAAAGAGAGACUAAUAUAGAUCGAGAACUAAGGGCACCGCAUCAUGAACACCAUCAUCACAUAGAGGAUGAAAUUUUGUUAAGGUUACCACAUGCAGUAUCGACUCAUCCCACAACCGCGCACACCACACACCCCACCCAUAAAGUUACCACCCCUACCACCACAACCACCAUUAAACCAACUACAACUACAGUGGCACCAUCUACCACAUCUCGGCCAAUUAUGUUAAAUAUUUCCAAUUCUUGUGAUCAUUUACUGUUUGUUCGUUCGCUGGCCAUCGGAAAACCUUUGGUGAGUUCUGAUGCAGGGAGGUGUACCGACCUAACAAACAGCCAAUCAGAAGCAUUGUUACUGGCCACGUGUGGAGCCGAACCGCCUAAAAUGUGGACACAAGGACAAAACGUGAUGCAGAACUGCAAUAGAAUCCCUAAAUUCACACCUAUUUCUACUUUCCUUUUCGGACAAUACGCAACAGACGGCACCGCCCUAUCAGGGGUGUUUAUCAAAUGCACGGCGGAGGGAUUCCAGAUGGCUGCUCAAAUUUGUGGCCACGGACCGCAGAUAUUCGAGUUGAGAUCUGAAGUAGGAAAAACCAGAGAAAAUGCCGACAGUUAUUAUAUUGUACAAUGGUGAGAUAAAAAAUAAAUUUUAA